UUGCCGUUGUCUGCUCCCUGCGAGUGCGAUAAUUUAGUUAAAACUAGCCGUCUGUUUAAAAUCGUAUAAUUUCUUUAUAUUAGUUAAUAUUAUUUUACUUUUUAAGUCGGUGAAGAUUUAUCUUAACUAUAAAAAAUCAAUUAUUACUGCAUAAAACGACUAAUGUGGUACUUUUGCGUUUAGACGGGAGCCAUCUUGCAAUCUCUAAUCAAAGGUCCUUGGCUCACAGUUUCGUUGUCUAGUUGAAAGUCAGUUUAUUCCAUCAUAAAAUAAUCAAAUGGCGUUAAAACGAAUUAAUAGGGAAUUACAAGAUCUGGGCAGAGAUCCACCAGCACAAUGUUCUGCAGGUCCACAUGGAGAAGAUCUCUUCCACUGGCAAGCCACAAUCAUGGGUCCAGUCGACAGUCCCUACCAAGGAGGCGUAUUUUUCCUGACCAUACAUUUCCCUACAGACUACCCUUUCAAACCACCAAAAGUUGCAUUCACAACACGUAUUUACCAUCCCAACAUAAACAGUAAUGGUUCCAUUUGCCUUGACAUUCUGCGCGCACAGUGGUCUCCAGCACUUACCAUAUCCAAAGUGUUGCUCUCAAUCUGCUCACUGCUAUGUGAUCCAAACCCAGACGAUCCGUUGGUGCCAGAAAUUGCUAGGAUCUACAAAACGGACAGAGAAAAGUACAAUGAACUAGCCCGCGAGUGGACAAGGAAGUAUGCCAUGUGAUGAGUCAAUUGUGACAUCAGCAACACAUACACACACAUCGCCACAGCCCGGGCUCCACCCCACCCCUCCCCAUUCCUGCCCCCAGUCAAUCCCCCCAUCAAAUCCUAAAUUUUCUGGAAAUUGUAUAAAACUGUUCAUGGUCACUUUAGGAUCAGCUUGAUUUCUGUAAUCUCUGAUACUUUCCAAAAAGAGAAUUAUUGCAUCUAA